AGUGGAAGAACAAACGCGAAAGCGCACGUGUUGUUGUUUAUGUCAGAGUCAGACGACGAGAUAGACAGCGAGCGAUGGUGCUGCUGUUUCCACGAUAAAUGUUUGGUGAAGGCAGAGAUAUAAAACACAAGACAAACUGAGUGAGUGACAAGACUAACAGUAACAGACAACCAGACAAACAGAGAUGGGAUAACUGGAUAUAGGCCUAAAACAUUAGAAACUAAGAUCUGUAGUAAACAUUGAAGGCAAUCAAACAAGAACCAUGGAGCCUCCUGUGAAACGGAAGCGCCAUGAUGAUGAUGGAUUCUACUUCAAGUCCUAUUCAGGUGUCUCCAUACAUGAAGAUAUGAUAAGAGAUUCUGUAAGAACAAACACAUACAGACUUGCCAUUCUCCGUUGCUGUGAACAAAUUGCUGGCAAAGUUGUUGCAGAUAUUGGGGCUGGUACAGGAAUUUUAAGCUGCUUCUGUGUGCAGGCAGGGGCUAAGAAAGUGUAUGCCAUAGAGGCGAGUGCAAUAGCCGAGCAGGCGAAGAAGGUUGUCAAAUCCAAUAAGAUGGGUGGCAAGAUACAGAUUGUCAGGGGUAAAGUGGAGGAAGUAGAGCUACCUGAGAAGGUGGACGUCAUAGUUAGUGAAUGGAUGGGUCAUUUCCUCCUGUACGAGUCCAUGUUUAACUCAGUCGUCUAUGCUAGAGAUAAAUGGCUGAAAGAAGAUGGAGUGAUAUUACCAUCACAGGCUUCAUUAUACAUGGCUCCAAUAACAAAUGAGGAGAUGUACAAAGAAAGAAUUGAUUUUUGGUCAGAUUUAAAAGGUAAAUACGGUCUGGAUAUGGAGUGUAUGAUCCCAUACGCAAAAAAAUGUAUCUUUGGAUCUGUUCAAAUUGAAGAAGUGUUUGGGUCUGACCUUAUUGCCCAUGAAACUAAAGUAGCAACCAUUGAUAUCAGCAAAAUAACUGUACAAGAACUACAAUCUGUCAAGGGCUCAUUUGAUGUGAGGUGUUUUGGUGCUUCAAAGUUUUGUGGGUUUGUGACCUGGUUUACUGUGACCUUUGACAUACCGAGAAAAGAGUCAGUGUUACUGUCUACAUCACCAAGCAAACACUCUACUCAUUGGAGACAGAGUGUACUUUAUUCACAUGAUCCAGUCACAGUAGAACAAGACACAGUGAUUAAAGGAACCAUUACCCUAACGCCCGGGACCAAGAACUCUAGAUAUUUGGAUGUUGCUUUGAAGUACACAGUUGGGGAACAGUCUGAAGUUGAAGAUCAUUAUACCAUGUCCGAUGAUGGCCCAAGUUGAGAUCUACCCGGUCUGCAGAAGUUGUCUCUCUUGGAGGAGUGGUUAAUCAGGUGAGGUUUGCGGAGAUACCAAGUCGCUCAUUAGCGGUGGAGGUUCUGAGAAAAGAACCAAUGGUUUCUCUGUAAACCCCACUGGAUUGUAUCUUCACUAUGCAAAGUUUCAAAUCCUACAUAUCAAGGUUGGUUAAACCAGGCAUGAUAUUUUGUCAUAAUUCGCCAUUUAAAAAAAAAAAAAAAAUAUUUUGCCUUUGUAAAAACCAGAGAAUUUGUUUCUGAAAGCUCUAUUUUAGAGCUUCAUCAAAGCUAUACACAAGUAUGUUUAUGUAGGUUAGCCCUUGUACUCAAUAAAUGGGGGACAUUUGGGUGCUAGGUGGCAGCAGAUUUCCCAGGUAAACCCAUAGACGGCGGAAUGUUUGUAAAACACCCAUCGUAUUAACAGACGUUUUAACCAAACUCAUGAUUUCUGCAAACUUUCACCUAAAUAAAAUACCUCCCAUAAUUCGUUGCGUUGUUUUUAA